AUGCCGAAACGCUUUAACUUAAAAAAGAGAUGCAAAUUAAGUUUGACAUAUCUAGCAGAAAUCAAGGAAAAUUGUGAAAGACAACUAUUGAAAUGCAGGCCAUUUCUACCAAAUGUACCGCACAUUGUUGGCGACGAGGACGAAUUGAACGAAGCCGAUGAUCGAACUCAAGUGACAAAUGGAAGUGACAAUGAGGGAACAUCCAAUUCCGUGACGUCUUAUGAUCUUACCGAUGAUGAGGAAAGCAGCCAGGAGGAAGAGGAGGAGGACUGGUCUAACAACAUCUCGUAUAUAGUGCGCACUCCGGAACGUGUGCCAUAUCAGGAGAAGGAGACACCAACGACUAAAACCGUUGUAGAAGUUGAUUUGACAGAAGACUCACAAGCUGGAAAUGAUUGCUCCGAUUUAACAGAAGAUAUUCAAGCUCAUGAUAAUAUUGAGGAUGAGGAGGACAUUCAAUCAAAGUCCCUUCUGAAAGAGGUGGUCCCUAAUGAGCCUGACUCUCCAGUCGUUUUCAACAAAACUGACUCACCAAAGGCCUCCCAUGAAUCUAGCUCUCCCGUGGCUGUCAGUGUCUCUCCAGUGGUGUCCAACGAUCCGGAUUCGCCAAUGCGUCCCUCUGAUCUUGUCGCUCCUGUGGUUCCCAAUGAUCCUGCCUCUCCGGUGGCAGACGAGCCUACGCAUUCUUCUCCAACCCCACCGGAAAAUGAUUCCGAUAAAGACGCUAAAUCAGAUGACAAAAAUCUAAAAGAGGAUGAGGCAUCGACUCUCAAUAAUGCAGCAUUCAUUGGACCAAUGGAGGAGUCACGUCGUCUAUCAUUACGUUCCGCAUAUCGUGCAAACCCAUCAAAAUCCGAGGUGCUAUCGUCUAAAACUAUACGUGGUCGUUCGCGUCCGCCAAAGUCCAAGUCAAAGAGCGAAAUUGAGAAGCCGGCAACUUUAUCGAAAACAACUGAAGGACGAGUCGCUAAGCGAUCCAGACAGGACCUAAAAGACAAUAGUUCGCCAGUUGGGAGCAAGUCGCCAGAGAAGCUGGCCAAACCUGUGGAAGUUACCGAGUACUUCAAUAGGAUUUCGGCCAUCCUCGUUAGCCAUCGCGUCAAUUCGCUGCCUUUCCUGGACAUGCGGCAGCGCAUUGACCUCCUGGUUGGAGAGGCGAUUGCCAAGACAAAGUCGAAUUAACACCAACAAUACAUUGUCUUUAUACAGUGCCAUCCAGCUUAUUUGAUACACUGCAUAUUUCAUUUUGAAAUGAAUUAAUUCUUUAAAACUUAAG